AUGGUGACAUCCAAAUCCUAUCGUGAAAGGUCGGAGUCAACAACCUCUCCGGUCACAAGCCGGUUGUUUCAAAUGAUGGAACUGAAAGAAUCGAAUUUAUGUGCAUCAGUGGAUGUAAGAAGUACUAAGGAACUUUUGUCAUUAGUGGACAAGCUUGGCCCUUUCAUAUGCUUGGUCAAAACGCAUAUCGACAUCAUUGAUGACUUCUCAUACGAAGAUACAAUUAUUCCUCUACUUGAGCUUUCAAAGAAGCAUAAUUUUAUGAUAUUUGAGGACAGAAAGUUUGCUGAUAUUGGAAACACUGUAAAGAAUCAGUACACUGGGGGAGUUUAUAAGAUUGCAAAAUGGGCAGAUUUAACAAAUGCGCAUGGUGUCACCGGAGAAGGAAUAGUAAAAGGGUUGAAGGAGGGGGCUAAUGAAACCACGAACGAACCCAGAGGAUUAUUGAUGUUAGCAGAACUUUCGUCUAAGGGUUCUUUAGCAUAUGGUGAAUAUUCCAAAAAAACAGUAGAAAUUGCCAAAACUGACAAAGAAUUUGUGAUGGGUUUCAUUGCUCAAAACUAUAUGGGAGGCACCGACGAGGGUUUCGAUUGGGUAAUUAUGACUCCAGGUGUUGGUUUAGAUGAUAAAGGUGACAAUUUGGGCCAGCAGUACCGGUCUGUUGAUGAAGUUGUAUCCAAUGGCACAGAUGUCAUAAUUGUUGGUCGCGGUUUAUUUGGAAAAGGAAGGGACCCUGUUGUUGAAGGUAAAAGAUACAAAGAGGCUGGAUGGAAUGCAUAUUUGAAGAGAGUGGGUAGCAAGUAA